GAUGGAGAGAAAAGCAGCGAAAAGACUUUGGCAUAUUGAGGAGAAAGAGAGAGAGAUGGAACAGAAAAGAAUGGACGAUGACAAUGAAGAUGAGAAAAGGCAAAGAGAGAUGGAACAAAAACAAGAACUUCAAAAAGAGUUACAAAGGGGAGAAGAUGUAGAGAAACUGAAGGAAACUGAGAAAAGUGUGAAAGAACAAAGUGAGUCUGAGCUUAAAGUACAGAAUGAGAGAGAACAAAGAGAUUCAGAAAGACUACUAGAGAUCCAGAGGAGCGAAAUUGAAAAUAGGCAAGCAGAGAUGGACAACAGAAAAUUGGAAAUGAAAAAGGAAGGAGUGGACGCUGGACAAAUGGAAGCAGAGAAAGAGCAGGAACGACAACUAGAGCUGGAGAAAAAGUUUGAAGAAGAGGCCAGGAGGCUUGAAGAAUCAAACAGAAGAGAUAAUGAAAAUGAGGAGAAAAUGAGGCCUGAGCUUCAGAGAGCAAAAGAGAAACGGAAGGAGGCUGAAAUGCAGCGCCGACUAGAAUUAGAAAAACAGGAGGAAUUGGACAGACAAAGGGAUACACCAGGUCCUCCUGUUUGA